UAUCCGGGCGAUCAGUCAUCGUGGUCUUGUUGCGACGCCUCACUGUUUGUUUUUUUUUUUUUUUAUUAUUUCUAUUAUUAUUUAUUCUUUUCUUUUCUUCUACGCCACUAUCCGCACGGGUUUUUCCUGUCCCCUUUGCAUGGACUUGCACGGUGUCACUUUUCUGUUACCGAAAAAGAAAGGGUUUGCGAUUCUCCCAACGGCGACGCCUGCAAUCAAGACUCGUUUCCACGACGCAGAAAACUUUGGGAGCUACGUUUGGGAACCGGAUUGUACGGCAGAAAUCACAAGGCCGCGCAACCAACGUCGAUAAGAAGAGUCUUGAGUCGGGGGCUGCAGAUUGUUCUGAAACAUUGUAUAUUGGAUUUAAGAAUAGAGCAAGAAAUACUGGUGAAAGCGUCUCCGUGGAUGAGCUCGGGGAAGACGCUGGCCUAUUGAUCCCGGAUAGACUGGCGGGAUGGGGACACUGGGAGCUGGAACAAGGCCCAGAGAUUGUCUACCAUCAAUAGGCUUCCUGGAGUUGGAACAGAUCAAAAAAGACGGAUCUAGACCUCUCCAGAAAUAUCCCACCAUGGCCACGACAGUUGGGGUGUCAACAGCACCUCUUGUUAGUCCUACGUCCAUAUAUUCCGGCCCACCACCACCUUACUCUUAUCCAUCAUCCACCAGUUCGGCGCCGCUACAGUCAGGAUACAUAUCCCCGCCCGAUUCGCGCAGAGCUGUGGAAGACGAGAAGGAUCAAUCGCAUUCCCAACCUCAGAGGCAAUCUCUGCCUUCUAUACAUGAGGCUCUGGGCAAUGAUAACCCUCUACCAUAUACUGGGCCUCCCUCCUCUGGCCCGCCUUCACAACCGGCCCAUCACGCGCCUCCACCGUUACCUGCCAACCUGAUAUCGCGGUCCAGCGUGGAAGGUCCUCCAGGUCCUCCCAAUCCGUUUUCGAACGGCUCUACAUCGGCUCCAUACCUGCGAGAACCCGCUUACCCGUACCAAAACGGUCAAGCGGGAUUGUCCCAGGCGGAGGCCUCCCGCUCCAGCCUCGCGUCCCUCAAUAGCCAAGACUCAAGGAAUCCUUCCCUCCCCUCUCUUAGCUCAGGGAAAUCUCCAACCCAAAGCUCGAGAACUGGUGCCCCAUCUCUUCAAGUUUCCCAGACAUCGUCCGCCUACGAGUAUAGUGCACAAGGCUCAGUUGGGUCUAUGGCCUCGCCUACCACAUACUCUCCUUACAACCAGUCCUUUUCAUAUCAGUCACAACCCUCCAGCGGUACUGGGUCGUAUCCUUCUGCUCCAUAUGAUAGUCGGCCUUACACUGGAGUUCCUUGGAAGGCCGGCGCGGCAGAACAACAUCGCAUGGAAGAAAUGAAGAGGAGCCUCGUGACUCGUCCUGCCAUGCCGGGUCAACCCCACAGCGAUUCCGUCAAGAGACAUCUUGAUAGUUAUGAUGUCGAGACUUCUCUCAACGAGAUCACCGACGUAAGUUCGCGGACGCUGGAGUUCUCGCGUCACUAUGCCGCCAGGGCCCAUCAGACACAACGCUCUGGUCCAAUUUUAGGGUCUCUUCCUUCACUGAACGAGAUUGAUGAGCUAUUGCAGCUCCAGCGUCGUAACCAGGACGCAUUGAUCCGGAUAAGAACCGCGGUCUUGAAUCAGGAACAUGCUCUCGCAGAGCAAAGACAGCGGCAGGCUUUCAAAACGGACAGUCCCUAUGAUGAUGAUCAUGGUGGAAUGUAUCACGAUGAAUUCAAGGGGGCUGGUGGAUUCGCAGGUGCUGACCCCAAAAAGCGACGCGGGAAAGCUGCUCCUCCAGGACGUUGUCAUAGCUGCAAUAGAGCAGAAACCCCCGAGUGGCGCCGUGGUCCGGACGGUGCUCGGACUCUUUGCAACGCUUGCGGUUUGCACUAUGCGAAACUCACGCGCAAAAUGGGUGCUAAUAAGGCUUCUUCUUUGGGUUCGAAUCUGAAACCGAAAAGUGGUCUCGACUCGGCAUCUCCGACACCUCACUAAUAAUUUUCUGUCUCAUUUUUGGCGUUCUGAAGAGGGUUUAAUUUAGAAGCAUACGGGCGUUCGUUCAGAUCCUUACUUCUUUGGCGGUCAAGUGCCUCAGUAUCCCGGAUAUUGUUGCGGCCCUGCUAAGGGAUGCGGCACGGCAACUAUGGGUACGAAGGCGCAGAGUGCAUUGAUGAUUCCUGCUUUGCUGGUCCCUGCGUGGCGCCCUUACGUUCUUUGAUUUCAAAAUUUACCUGUUCCGGUUGUCAUUUUGUCGGGGACGUUAUCGCGUUACAAGAUUCCCCCUGUCCACAGCGGAUUUUGUGUGUUUUUUUUUUGCCCCUUAUAACUGUGUUCCUGAUCUGUUAUAUCCCCUUCUACGUUGA